AACCCAAGAUGCAAGAGCUGUAGCAUGCAUGGCCAACCUCUCAAAUAAUGUUUCUAGUCGGUCGCCUAUUUGCCCAGAAUACCUGUUCUCAUACACUGCCAACCUCACGGCAUCCUACACAGACAAGUGCAAUCUGCUCACGACGGUUCCCGCCUCCCUGAUCGUGUUCAUCCUCGCCGGCCUCUUCUUCAACCUCAAUCUCUUCAGUGGAAUCUCUGAUGUGAGCGCCAUACUCAACCCCAAAGUCCGCCUCUUCCUCUCCUCAGUGCUUUCACUCUUCCUCCCCGUCAUGUCCUACCUCUUCUCCGAGGCCAAGAACAAAGGGGACCUGCCCUCGGCUGGCCUCUCGCUUAGGGCCUUGCUCAUUCUAGCAUGGAUGCUUCUUGUGGAGCUCCUACGCAGAAAGGUGGACGAGAUCCGUAUGCGAGGGUACACGAGCACCAUCCAGCGUGCUGGCCGUGUCGUGUGGCUGGGAAGCCUCGUCUUCUUCAACAUCAACAUUGUUGCUCAGAGGGCAUUGUUCAGCAUGCUCUGGAUCCUGUGUGUCACUAGACUGUUGCAAAGACUCGCCUUCACUGAGGUCGAGAAGCGUUCAUACGCCCAUGGCAAGAAUGCUGGUCUCAUUAACUCAUAUAUGGCCCAGCAGAUGUUGGGUGCCCAUGAUGUUGACCAAGUUAUCCAGGGUGAACAUCACGAGCUUUUAAAGAGAUGCAAGUACAUUGUCAUGGGUGAAGAGAAGUUGGUCAAGAAGGUCACCGCAUAUGGCUACGAGCUUAAUGAGGUAACCCCUCGUGAUAGCAUCAUCACUGUGGGUAAGGUAUGGGAACUUGCCGAGAGUGACCAUCUCUUCACCACAUUCGAUCAAAACCAACACCUCAGGAGGCUCUGCCUCUCCUUUGCUCUGUUCAAGUUGCUGCGUCGAAGGUUUGAGCAGUUACCUGCAGUGAUGAGAGCUGAAGAAGCCCGUGACAGCCGGAACCUCCUCCUGAAAGGUCUCCGCAGCAGUGGACAAAGCACGGCGGAGGCACUGUUCCAAGUGAUGAAUGAUGAGGUCAAUUUCCUCUGUGAGUACAAUCAUUCUGUCACUCCUGUCGUUCUGGCAAGCCCCUUCUUCCUCUUAGUGAACUACUUUCUUAUCCUCAAAAUUGUACUUGGCUUUUGCAUCAUGUCUAGUCUUCUCAGCGGCAACGGAAAUCUGAUGUUCACAUUACAAUUCAUCAGCCACAACUAUGCUAUAACUAGAUUAUCCAAAGUAGGAAUAUGCCUCCUACUAAGUGCCACCGAAUCCCCUUCAGCCUUCUUUUUCAUAUUAGAUCUCUUUAUCACUUUCAUUCUUAUUAUCAUCCUCUGCUAUGAAGAAAUAUGGGAGUUCUUCAUCUUCAUACUCUCCAACUGGUACAUGGUGUCGUUACUUUGCAACUACAUGGCCAAACCCAAAUGGCGUGGGAGCUGCAUCUUUAGCGGCUCCUUUCGUUUUCUCAUGCUCUUACGGAGCAAGUUGAGAAAUACAAACCUUGACUUCAAGCAGUUUUCUGUGCUGGAUCUUUGUUGGCAGCCUCUCUUAGCACUGCCUGCCACACUCUCCCUGAAGGUUACAACUGCACCGGUGCCAAACAAGUUGAAACAAUCCAUCAUGGAAUACAUGGUGGAACACGAACGUGGUACCAGCCACAAUACCCCUCUUACCAAAGAGAUACUGCCUGACAACCAGGAAAAUGUGGAGCUCUUCUUCGAGGAUAUAUGUGAGGAGUUGAAGAACAUGCUUGGGUCUUGGGAUUACUACUUGUCGUCACGGCGAAUACGUGUGAAGAAAAUCAUGGAAAGCAUAAAGGGCGAGGAUACAACUGAAACUACAGGCUGGAGGGAAGUUGACGUGGAAACUACAGGCCAGAGUCAUCAGAGCAAGGUUGUAACAAGUGGAGCGAAGCUGGGGAAGUUGCUAAUGGACCAAGCUAACAAUAGUCCUCAAACAGUGUGGAAGGUGUUAGCAGAUGUGUGGACGGAGCUCAUAAUCUACAUUGCAGCUUCAAGCGACAAGGAGCGUGUGAAGGAUGUGUUAGUGCUGGGAGGCGAGUUCAUUACUUUGCUUUGGGCGUUGAUCAUGCAUACCGGCAUAUCUCCUCCGGCCAACGACGACUCGAGAUCGACAUCCUGAAGCUUAAGGAGUCUGUGUUUGCAUUGUGUGCUUUGCCCUCCCAGUUAGCUUGAUUUAUCAAUUGUUUGCUUUUGUCGGUGAGCUUUUCUUUUCUUCCCCUUUUGGAAGAACUUAAGGUUCGUGUGGUUCGUUUUGGAGUGAGUUUAUUGCUUGAUUUCCUCAUCUCCAUCAAGGAAAUAAAGCAGAUGUAUGGAGGGUCUGGAGUGUUGCUGAUUCCUAGCAGAUUUAACUGUUUACGCAUGCUAGUGGUUGUAACGUUGCAAAUGAAUCAUGCAUCAACUUACACUGAGAGAUCUAAGAGAUGGAGUCAGGGAAA